AUGGGCGCCCGGGAAUUCCUCAGCGACGUCGAAAACGGCGUGGUGCCUGUCAACAGCCACGAUCAAUUGUUACGGAUUGCAUGGAUCUAUCUGGAUGAGCCGCUAUGGAAUGGUCGGGGUGUAUUUGAUGUUAUCGAGAAGCUGCACACGCACGGGUGGUCAUUCGGUGAGGGCGAGUUGAGGUUCAAUCGCACCCUGGAUAUGUUCUACCUAGCCCAGAUCGCUGCAGCCCUCUACAUCACCGUCCACAGCUCCUCCGAGCAAAUUGACGGCAUCUUCGACACCCUGGACGGGUUUAAUACGUUCUACGCUGAGCACCACGCACUCCUGCACCCCUCCGUCUGGCGCGAAUAUUACUCGGAGUCAUUCUUGAAACAGAAUACCACAGCCCGCUUCUACUGCCUCCCUGACCUCCAAGAUCUACCGGGCUCAAACAACCCGCUGGACCUGCCGGUUCGCGAGCAACCUCACGUCGGCGGUGGUCCACAUGUCACGAAACUCCCGCGCUGGGCCUAUAAUGUCGCACGUACAUUCCUUAGACAACAUUUGCUUCCGCUCGCAACUCUCACCGAUAUAGCCCUCCGCACGCUCGAGACAACAAUUAACCGCCAGCGUAAGACGCACCCUAGUGUGCGGCCCUACUCAGAAACGCAGGCGCGCUUCUGGCUGGAGUAUAUGUUGGCCCCACACCUCGACGCACGCACCAGAACCGAGGCGCCGUGCCCAACAUGGUGGAAGAAAAACUGCUUCGGGAUACUUGCGGCGCAGGGUUAUCAUGAUAUGUAUGAGUGGGAUAGGAAGUACUCGGUGAAGCGGUGGGAGGCAAGCUGGGAGCAGAAGGGAGUUGUUGAGCCGGAUGUGGAGGAUGGCGUGAGGAAAAGCGAGAUAAUAUACUGUGGACAACCGGAUGGCGGGAUCUCGGCGUAUGCGUGGUGGAGGGGAUGGGAUGGGGAGCUUGGCAGUGAGGAGGAGAUCGAGUUUUUGGCUGCCGUUGCAGUAGAGGAAACAGUGGGUGUGGAGGAGCAGCUAGAUAAGUUGGACCUUGCAGUGCGGUCACAUAUACUACUCGGGGUGAUGCGGGCUGCAGUGAAAACAGGGCAGGAAAGGGAAGAUCUUCUUCGGGAGCUGGAGACGGGGAUGGUGCAGAGUGGUCGAAUUAAGGAGGACAGGGUCGGAUUGUGGCUAAGGGAGGCCUUGGGGGUUAUGGAACCAUACGUGAGGAUAUGGGAGGGAGUGUGGCCUGACGCAGAGGAGAGACGAAAGAUGCUACGGCACAUCUUGGUGGAGAAUGGGCAGCUUUUUGCAAGAUGGAAGCCUUCGCCGCAUUUGAAAGAGUUUAGUUUUGUGCUGAGUCCGCCGGUAUAUCAGGGUUGA